UUUGAGGAAGUGCUCAGCCCGGCGGCCUCGGCCUCAGUCUCUCCCGGGAAUCUCCCAACUUCGGCCGGGCUAGCGCGCUGCUCCAUAACGGUGGACCUGAAACUCCAGCACCUCGACUUCUGGGCCAGCCUCCAUGGCCAAGUCCCGGGACUGCUGGACUGGGACAUGGGGAACGAGCUCUUUCUGGCCUUCACCACCUCGCACCUGCCCCCCGCCGAGCAGAAACUUGCCAGAUACAAACUGCGAAUAGUUGAGCCACCAAAGCUACCACUAAAAAAAAAACCCAAUCCUGAUAAAGAUGGUCCAGAUAUUGAGCCCAACCUGUGGAUGUGGGUAAACCCCAACAUCGUGUUCCCCCCUGGAAAGCUGGAGGUAUCAGAACGUACUAAAGGAGAGGAUCGGAUGAGCACAGUGCCUGACCCUCAGCUACCUCCCAAAGAGGAAGAUGUUGACAACUGCUCAGAGGCCACCGUGGUGGAACUGCCGCUGCCUUCCUCCUGUGAGCAGUCCCCUCCUCAGAAGCGGAAGCGGCUUGCCUCUUCCUUCAGCAACUGGGAGCUCACAGAAGAGGAGGAGGCUGAGAACCAGGAUGACAGCUCCUCUGUGGCUUUCCCGUCCUCUCACAAAAGGGCCCCCCUCCACAGUCGGAGGCUUCGGCACGCCAACAGCCAGGAGGGCAGGCUCUGGUCCCGGCCCCCUCUCAAUUACUUCCACCUAAUUGCACUGGCAUUAAGAAACAGUUCCCCUUCUGGCCUCAACGUGCAACAGAUCUACAGUUUCACUCGACAACACUUCCCAUUUUUCCGGACGGCUCCAGAAGGCUGGAAGAACACCAUCCGUCACAACCUCUGUUUCCGAGACAGCUUUGAGAAAAUUCCUGUCAGCAUGCAGGGGGAGGCAGCCAACACACGACCUCGAUCCUGCCUCUGGAAGUUGACUGAAAGGGGAAACCGUCGUUUUUUGGAGGAGGCCCGUGCCUUGUCUUCCACUCGGCUGGAAACUAUCCAGCAGUGCAUGAGUCAGCCAGAUGUGAUGCCCUUCCUCUUUGACCUAUGACUCCAAAUAGCAGGAGUCACUCCAUGCCUUAUUAAAGUUAUCUGCAGCAUCCUAGUAUAUGUGUGUGAUCUUUGACAACAGAGAGAGGGAGAGGUCAGCUCUGAGGUGGAAAUGGAAUGCUCCUCGUGAGUUGGAUACAUGAUAGAUGUUCUGGAUAC